GAGGCGGGGAGAGGACCCACUGCUCAUCCCGACGCCGCACACCUCCUCCAGCCAUGGACGGCGCCGGGCGACAGCAGGUGCACACCCUCCUUCCCGUCUGCCUCGCCCUGGCCUUCGCCCUCGCCGCCCUGGGCAGCAGCCACUGGUGCGAGGGGACCCGCAAGGUGCUAAAGCCGCUGUGCCAGGACCAUCCGGGAGGACUGCCGUGCAUUCACCUCAGCGGGGACCACCACAAUGAGAGCCAGGCCGUCCAGUACUUUUGGGAGACCGGGGAUGACAUGUUCUUCCGGAACCGGCUCCACGUGGGGCUCUGGCAGUCCUGUGAGGAGAGCCUCAGUGGCUCAGGGCUCCUCGGCAUGGUGGCCCACAUGAUGUACACGACCAUCUUCCAAAUCGCCGUGAACCUGGGUCCGGAGGACUGGAAGCCUCAGGCGUGGGACUACGGCUGGUCCUCCUGGUGA